GCCAGCACUUAGCAACCAUCAGUUCGGCGAUCUUAUCGCCUCAGAACUCUCCGGCUCCAUACUUCUUUAGCUUCUCUAUCGUGACCACAACCGCCGGAGGAGGAAGAGGAAUAUGUGGUGGUACAUACGGCCCCGGCAUAUGCUGGAGGAGGUUAAGCAUGUUGGUCGCCAACUGCGGCUAGAGGAUAAGGAUCGCCUGAGCUGCAGCUAUCGGUUGCGGAGCCUAUGGCUCCAAGACCUGCUGCUGAGUUUUCAAAACUCAAAAGCAGAUCUAUCUCUUCACUUUCUUCUUCUCAGUUCUCAUACGUAUCUCUUCACCUUCUUCUUCUCAGCCUCUGCCAAUUUUGUUGCUCUCUCGAUUUCAUCUUCCCUCUUCUUAUUUUGCAUUGGAGUCAAUAGAAGAGCUAAAUUGCGUGCUUAUUUUUCGUUAAGGAUUCAAGUCUAUGGAGGAAGAUUUGCCCACUGCUCAUUUGGAGGUUCCCAAGCUUACUCCCGUCACUCAAACUGUAAGAAGUAAACAAGAUAAGGCUUGGGAUUAUUGUAUUGAAGCUAAGGAUGAUAGAGAUAAAAAAGUGUUAAUUUGUACUUUUUGUCAAAAAAAUUUCAAAGGAGGGGGGAUUAUUAGAGUGAAACACCAUUUAGGCUAUGUUCCGUUCAACUUAUUUUUUCUUAUUUUUUCUUAUUCUUAUUAAAAUCAGAUCAGAUCAAAUCCAAUCAGAUCAGACCAGAUCAGAUCGGAUCAGAACUACAAAAAAUGUGAUCAGAUCAGAAAAAAUAAGUUGAACGGAACAGGGCCUUAGCCGGAAAAUGGGGUAGUGUUGACGCUUGUAGGAAAGUCGAUGCCACGGUUAAGGCUCUUAUCCAAAAACAAUUAGAGGAGAAUGUGCAAAAGGCUCGAGAAAAAAAAGGGAUAUUUGAAACAAUUGAUGGUGAUGUUAAUCCUUCUCUUGUUAGAGAUGUGGGUACUUCUUCUCAAGGGGUCAAGAGAAAAGCUAGUUCAGAAUUAGAAAAAUAUUUUCAAGCGGGAACUAGGGAUUCUUCUCAAAUCACCAUUAAAACUGCUUUACAAAU